UUCAAUUCCCCACCCAACAUCUUUUGUACGGUCCAUCACGUGCAAGUCGCUUUUCCUCUGACAGCACUUGAACGCAACAGCAGCAGCAGCAGCAGCAGCAUCGAGGCCCUGCUGCACAUCAAAGACUGAUGAGACAAACCGAAGAAACACUGUGGCGUUGUCACACAGCCCAUGUCCAGCCUGUGUACCUCCACAACAGCAGGUCUGCAGGUCCACACGCUCGGACGUGGUUUUAGUUCAUAUCUGUAAAUGCUUCAGGCGGACAGGUGCGCAGCCGAGAUUUCCUCUUUAAUUUGCCUCAAAGGGUUACACACUUGGAGAGGCAGAGCCGUUGUUGUUUGUUGUCACUUCCGGGCGAGCCAUCGGUGAAUUAGCAGAUAACAUCGCCGGUGAAGUUCAGCAGCAUCGAUGCUCCGAGCAGGCAGGAUGGAGGAGUUUGUCACGGAGGAAGAGGAGCCUUGGUACGAUCAGCGCGACCUGGAGCAAGACCUGCACUUGGCAGCGGAGCUCGGCAAAACUCUGCUGGAGCGCAACAAAGAGCUGGAGGACUCCCUUCAACAAAUGUACAUCAACAAUGAGGAGCAAGUGCAAGAGAUAGAGUACCUGUCCAAGCAGUUGGAAAUGUUGAGGGAGAUGAACGAGCAGCACGCGAAGGUGUAUGAGCAGCUGGAUGUGACCGCCAGAGAGCUGGAGAUCACCAAUGAGAAACUGGUGCUGGAGAGCAAGGCCUCGCAGCAGAAAAUCGACAGACUGACCGGCACCAUGGAGACCUUGCAGAGUCAAGUGGACAGUCUGACAACUCGGGUGGAGGAGCUGCGAACUCUGGAGGAGCUGAGGGUCCGCCGGGAGAGGAAGGAACGACGCAAGACCGUCCACUCCUUCCCCUGCCUAAAAGAGCUCUGCACUGCGCCAAGGUAUGAGGAUGGUUUCCUGUUGGCCAACCCAGGUAGCGUGGACCUGGCUGAGAGACAGCCAAUGGAUGAGGAGAACGACCGCUUGAGAGACAUCGUCAUGUCCCUGCGCUCGGCCAUGGCCACAGAGCGGUCCAAGAGGGAGGGCGCUGAGCGGGAGUGUGCUGCUGUGCUGCAUGAGUUUGAGCGUCUGGAACAGCGUCUGUUAGGAGCGGAGGGCUGCCAGCUGAGAGUUCAGGAGCUGGAAGCUGAGCUCCAUGAGAUGCAGCAGCUGAGGAAGUCCAGGGUGUGUCUGAUUGGGGGCAUGGAAGACGGCCUGGAGACGCUGCUCAGCAACGGCCCUGAGACAGACACCCCAGACGAGGGCGUGGGGCUGGAGGGCGGAGGUGAUGGAGGUGCUGGGGAGGCGGGGGGCUCGGGGCAGCAGGGAGGCCCAGUGAGGAAAAGCUGCAGUGAUACAGCUCUGAACGCCAUCUCCGCCCGGGAUGCCUCAGGCAGGCGUCAGGUCACUUACACCCUCCACGCCAAUGGCACUCGCAAACGUGGCAUGUCCAUCCUGAGGGAGGUGGACGAGCAGUACCACGCCUUGCUGGAGAAGUACGAGGAGCUGCUGGGGAAGUGCCGGCGUCACGAGGAGAGCCUGUGCCACGCCGGGGUGCAGACUUCGCGGCCCGUCUCCAGGGACCCCUCCAUGAAAGAGUACAGCAUGGUCUGCGCAGGGCCUUCGACAUCGGGUGCAGUCGCCGCUCCUCCCACGCCCCCUCAAACUCCCUCCACCCCGGAAGCCCUGGAGGGGAUCAGCAGGCAAGUGGAGCAGGUGGACAAACGGCUCAGCCAGAACACGCCCGAGUACAAGGCGCUGUUCAAAGAGAUCUUCUCCCGCUUGCAGAAGACCAAGAGUGACAUGAACUCCACCAAGGGCAGGAAGUCGAACAAAUGAGCCGCUCAUUAUGACAGCUACUGAUACUACAUGCACUGAAAACAGUCAUUACACAGGACGCUGACUCUUUUAUCUUAAUUUACCUCUCAGUUCUUCUUGUUUAACGAUUAGUCACUCGUGACUUAAUGCAGUCGGGUGAUUCAUUUGAAGCUGCCAAAUGUUAUAUUUCACUACAGGGCUGAAAGAUUGUUGACGUGGUAAAUAAGUGUGAGUGAACGAGAUGCCUUUUUCUGACAAAUACUAAGAACGAAAGGUUUUGUUUCUGUCUUUGGACAAUCUAGUAUGUGUUUGUUAUUGAGAUGUUCUGAUGAAGAAGGAUUUACUACUAUUGCCAUUUUUUUAAUUUAUAGAAAACUGAUUAAACUAAGUAAUUAAUAUAAAAUGAAAAGAAACAACGCUCUUGCACUCUGGAACUUAUUACCGAAUGGCAUUUGAAGCAUGUAUCUAUUAAACACAAUGUGCUAAUUUGG